CUUAAUUAUGACGUCGUCGGUAGCAUGUCAAAAUUCAAGAGUUAUUAAUUAUUUUCAGGGAAACGUUUUAUUUUGAAAUUCUAGUGGGUUAAUUAAUCAAAGUGGCACGAAAAGACGUCAGGUACCAAAUAUGGGACGUGAAGUGUUUAAAAGAAGGACAAAGAAUUUUCCUGAGAAGCUUAAACGCCAAAGGAUCUGUAAGCAUCAGCAAAGAAUAUCCCACGAGAAUGGACGUCAUGGUGGACGUACAGAGGCUGAUGCAGGUGGAUAAGCUUCUGCGAGAGAGGGACAUCCCGUACGAAGUCACUGUUGCUGAUACAAGUAUUGGAAUUACUCAUAACCGCAAUCGAAGCCCUAUUCCAAAUAUUCAGAGACCAAGAUCACCCAUAAAAAAAGCAAUGGAUUGGAGGGACUUCUAUCCUUUAGAUAUGAUUUACAAUUUUAUGGAUUAUUUAGAAGUUCAAUUUCCUUCUACUUGUACGGUGAGCGUCAUAGGAAAGUCAGUAGAAGGCCGAAUUAUAAAGAUGCUCAAGAUAUCAAACAGUAAUGCAAGCAACACGGCGGCAUGGCUUGACGGCGCUAUACAUGCGCGGGAGUGGAUAAGCACAGCUGUGGUCACUUUCAUAGCCGAUCAUAUCGCUAGAAACUUUGACGAACUACCUCUGGCUAUCACAAAUAAAGACUGGUAUUUCUUACCAGUUGUUAAUCCCGACGGCUACCACCACACACACAUUUUGGAUAGAUUAUGGCGCAAAAACAGAGCUCGCGUUGGUACUACGAUAUGCGGAGUUGAUCUUAACAGGAAUUUUUCACAUUAUUGGGGUCGUGGUGCUUGUGAAUAUUCUUCGACAGAUCCAUGUCAUUUGAAUUAUAGAGGCACAGCGCCUUUUUCAGAGCCCGAAACGGCAGCUAUUAAGGAUUUAAUAUUAUAUUCAGCAACACCAUUCAAAAUAUUCUUAACUUUUCAUUCUUAUAGUGAAGUAAUAUCAUUUCCUUGGUGCUUCUCAAAUGAACCAUGCAAAGACUAUGUAACACUAUUAGAAGGUGGCACAUCAAUGGCAAAGGCUAUCUACGAAACGAACGGUCGGAUGUACAAAGUCGGCAACUUCAAGGAUCUCAUGUACAGCGCUACUGGAACCAGCAUAGACUGGAGCUAUGGGGUUGCUCGAAUACCAUUCUCUUAUCUAGUCGAACUGCCGAGUAAGCAACACCGAUUCUUACUUCCGAAGGAGGAAAUUCUAGACUGCUGCAAGGAAGCCUUAAACGGAGUAAUGGCAUUGGCGCAAUUUGUGGACACGACGAAGCCAUCAGUCCAUACAGUAAUAGCCGAUAAAAAGUGGUCGGCCUUGUGAUAGUUUUGUAUGAUAUUGUUAUAGGAGAAAUAUUGUUUUUCAUGUUGAUGUAAAAUAAAUCACCCUUUUACCGAUCAUUACAAUAGUUUAUUUUGUUUAGUGUUCUUGUACUUUUUUGCGUCUUCGCAGAGUCAAAGAUGCAUCAGAAACGUUUUUUUACGCGUGAGGAGUUUCAUUGUUUAAAAUAAUAAACAUACCUAGAAUUUGCUAAGUUGGGAGAGUCAGCACAGAUAUAGACAGAUUUUGUGCUA